GAAGUGUUAACGUUAUUAUUCUGAUGGUUGUUACGAAAGGGUGUCUUGUAUUCCAGCAUUUAAGAAUUAGUUUCUAUAGAAAAAUGCAAUAAGGUAAUCAAAGUUUAAUACGAGUACGAUCUGUUUGAGUGCUGUCCGUGGUUUGUCAGAUUUUAUGCAGAUUUCAUUGCUUUGGUUGGUAUUCUGAGCUACUCCUAGUGCAUACUGAUUAUUGCUAACAGAUUGGAGUUCGGAGCCGAUGCAAGCACCACAUUUCAUUCUUGUUAACCUUUUGGUCAAAAUCUUUUUCAAAAGGGAGAGAUCCGUCGUCCAAGCCAUCGGUUUCACCCGUUUAACCCGUUAAAAUUGGGAUACACCCGUGGUCGUGGUGCAUGACAAGAUGGUGAAUAAGAGCAUCAAGAGCCAGAUUGAAGCGCUCUCCCGUGAUAAACAGACAAAUCUCAACCGUAGAAACUACAAGGAGGUGGCAGAAAUCUGCAAUUAUCUCGGCGAACUGCUAAGUAAAGAAGGACGCUACGAAGAUGCUAUUAACGAGCACGAAACUGAGCUGGAAAUGUGCGAGAAACUUCAAGACGCACUGGGAAAAGCGAUUGCCAAUCGGAAACUCGGUGAAUGCUACUGUGCCUUGGGGAGCUUUGACAAGGCUCUGGCGUACCAGCAACAGCACUUAGUCAUUGCGCGCGAGCUGGGAAAUGAGUUGGAGCAGCAAAGAGCGCAUGCCACCCUUGGUCGAACGUAUCUGUGCAAAGCAGAAGCUGCGGACGAUGUGCGGGGAGCUUUAGCCAAAGCAGAACAGUCCUUCCAGUCCAGCUUGAGCAUAGCACUAGUUUUGAAAGGCGAAAUUGACUCAGGUGAAUAUUUCGCUAUGGUUGGUCGGCUGUAUCUUAACCUUGGAUUGGUUGCUGAAAUGAGUGGUCAGAUUACACGUGCUAUCAAAUAUCUUCACGAUGCCAGAACGGAAAUCAGUGGAAAAAAGCUGGAAGAUGAGGAACAAAAAUGCCUGUCCACUUUGAGCGCUUUGUACCAGAAAACCGGCAAUGUAUCAUCGGCCCGGGAAUUCGCGGAGAAAGCGUAUGUUCUUAGCAAGCGGCUUAAAGAGAAGUCGGCAUUAGUCGAAUGCCUGCAGCUUCGUGCGGGGAUUUUCAUGGAAUCUGAACAGUUUUCGGAGGCUCGACACUGCCUGAAGCGACUUAUCAAAUCAAAAUUUGCGGAGGCAGAAUGCAAACACAAGGCAAAACGAAUGCUAAAUUCGCUUCCCAAACUCCGGGAGGGCAUUGGCAAACUCAAAAAGUGUGACGAUAAGGUGACGCGCUUGUCUCUUCUUGAAGUAAUUGGAGAUUUGUACUGCGGAUGUGAGUGUUAUUAUACCGGACUACGAUAUUACAAAAAAAUGCUCGAAACUGCCAUUGACUGCGAUAGACCGAACGGCCAGCUAGCAUCGAUAUACGUAUCCCUUGCCCAAACCGCCGCGGAUCUCAAGAUGUACAAAGAAGCGGUGAAAUACUGUUUGGAAGAAGUGAAACUGCGGAUUGAUCCCGUUCAGUUAUGUAAAACGUGGCUGAAUAUAGCAGAUUAUACAUACCGCAGCGAAAGCAACGAUGACCUUACUAUUGAUAUGUACAACAACGCUAUCCGAGAAGCGGAAAAAGCGGAUAAUUCCGGAUUGCUGCUUCAGUGCCUGCAAGAACUGCGUUCCUUGUACCGUUCUUCUGGGGAUGCUGACAAAACCACUGAACUGGACGAUCGUAUACGUCGUCUGCGAAUACGAGUAGAUGCUAGUGAAGACGAUGAUGAUGAAGAACAGACUUCAUCGAGAUCUGCAACACCUGACUUCGACGAUUUGAGCAGUGUUACUGAAUCCGACGAUGAACAAGGGGAAAACGAGGAAGGCCUGCUUCCAAGGAAACGGGGUCAGUACAAAGUCCGGCGGAACGAGAAGGGAGAGACCCCGCUGCACGUGGCUGUAAUCAACGGCAGCUUGAAAAGAGUUCGUCAUCUCAUAAACCAGGGUCAUCCGGUGAAUGAGCGGGAUUAUUGUGGUUGGCUCCCCAUUCACGAAGCUGCCAACCAUAAUCAUUUGGAAAUUGCUAAGCUGCUCAUUGAAAACAAUGCUCUGUUGGAUGAUCAAGGUGGAGGCAGUCAGUGCGAUGGCAUGACGCCGAUUGUGGACGCGGCAAACUGCGGAAAUCUGGACAUGGUCCGGUUGUUGUUCGAUCGCGGUGCCAAUUUACUGAAAAAGGAUAGAUUUGGCAAUACUGUUAUCGAUGCACUCUACGCUUGGAAGAACGGUAACCUGGAUGAAGAUGAUGUGGAGACCAAGAGCAUUUUUGAAAAUUUAAUCGCCGAUUUGCAAGGGGCCAUGCUGCAGUCAGGAGCCAAGCCGAAUGAACUGCGCAACAAAACAGCGGGGAAAUCGGAACCCAAUCAGACUGAUUCCAAAUUACAUAGAUCACAUAAAAGUGGCGAGAAAUUGAAUUCACAUUUUCGCCGUCAGCGAUCUGCGUCACCACAUUUGGACUCCAAUCCGACAGAAAUAUAUCGUGAAGCUAUUGUGGGUAUUGGAAGUUCGCGUCAACGAAAACGGAAACGCAGUCCUUCGCCAAACUUCCAGAAAAUAUCCAAUGACGAUGCGUUAAUCCGAGCGGAAGAUUUUAUUGGUGAUGAUUGGCUGGUUGAAGACGUGAUUACAGCCGAUAAACAGCCGGUCAAUAAAAAUGCCGCAGCGUUGCUGUUUACUUCUGGUUCGCGGCAGUCUCCGAUCGUUUCGAGUAAGAGGCCGGCAGAAGAUCUUGAUAUGCGAGCUGAACCGAAACUGAAGCCUGGAUCACAAGCCUCCACUGUAUCCCAGGACAGUGCUUUUGAAAGAGUGGCUAGAUCGGCUUCAUCUAAAAUUUCGUCGUCCAGACGAACGGUACGUAAUCCUGAUGUGGAAAUUUUGGAGCUCCCAGACGAAGAAGACAAUGACGAUGAGGAACUGGCAACUUUGCCGAUGCAGACGGCGCCCUCCGUACCGGCAAAAGAAAGGAGUUUCGAAUGCGCAGCCACAAUUCAUGUCUGCGGUUCGUCAGUACGAAGAUUGCGAAUACGCAUCCAGGACAUGGUGGUGUUAGUCCCACUGACAUCUGGUUCCGGUAAAACCAUUUCAUGGCUUGCUGAAGAGGCUGCCACUCGAUACGCAGAAGCUAAAGGUUUGCAACCACGCUUGCAGUUAAUGACCAGCGAUGGAGCGGUACUGUCGUUGGCUGACCAAGUCAGCGAUGUUGUCGGUGAGCUCGAGGAAGUUUGCGGAUUACCAACAUCAUGGGAUAUGCCUCCCAUCGGCGAGCGCUACACCAAGGCCUGUCAAGUUACAAAAACCCCGCUCUAUCAAAAUAUUUUGCAAGCUCUUAACAUUGCCGUAGACACGGGGCAGCUGGUGUUGGAUGACCUUUUAGUCGAGCCGAGCUCCAUGGCACCGAUUUUUCGGUCACUGCAAUUCCAGUCCAAUAUCCGACAUUUUUCGUGCGAAGGGUGUUUGCUUAACGAUUUCUCAUUUCCAGUGUUGAACGAAACGUUAGUAACAAUGCCGCAUUUGACCAGUUUAAACUUAUCGUGCGCCAAUAUGACGGAAACGAGUUUGGAAAUCAUUAGAGGAAGCCUCAACCCAACGACACUCGGUUCCGUAAAACCUUUACAAAUGGUCACCAAGUUAGAUCUAAGUCAUAAUAAUUUUUCGAAUGCCGCGAUGAAAAUAGUUGCUGAUAUUUUAACGUCUAUUCCUAAUCUGGAGGAAGUAAAGUUGGAUGACUGUGGAUUUAGUACUGGUUUCCUGGACGACAUUUCUUCCGAAAUUCGUGGUAAACUGGAAAAAUGUGAAAAAUUACGGACGCUGUCGUUUGCCAUGAACCACAUCGGAGCUCAUGGGUUUUUGAAGACUCUAAUGUGUUGCUCGAAUAAUGUAUGGUCUGUGAAUCUGAGCGGAACAAUUCGGGAUGCCUGUGCGCCACCGGCUUGUUUAUACCGUGAAAUCGACAAUAUUUCACGCAGCAUCCGUGAGUUGUCUCUAACCUAUUGCAAACUGGAUAGGAAAUGGCUGCAUGCCUUGUCGCCCUUGUUCAAGAAUUGUUUGGAUCUUAACAAAGUUAGUUUUGAAGGUAAUCGUGAACUGGGUGGCGAAGACGUAAGGUUGAUCUUGCGACUAAUUUUGCGAAAAGAAGUUUCAUGGUCUGCAAUUAACCUGUCCGGGUUGUUGAGCUGCGACGAAUGCUGGCCUUUGUUCCAGUCAAUAGUGGAAAAUUGCCCUUGGGUUAGAGAAAUGAGCAUAACUUUUCAAGAUGCUACGUUCUGCGAGAAGAUGAAAGAACUUUGGAGAACUCUGCGAGGAGAUCGUGUUGUCUGGGAUAAACCAACCGGAACUGUUUUUUGCAUGGUUUAGCCCUGUAUUUGGAUUGGAUUGAAGAACUAUAAAAAUAUUUUAGUAAAUUGUCGUUCGAUACAUUUGUUAAAUGUUUUACCUCAGAGAUUGUUUAAUAAAA